GGAAGACGGUGGCGUGUGGCCGGUGAAGGUGGUGACGGUGGGCACAGACGGGACGGUUACAGACGUGUCAGACGCUGUGCAGUGCCAGUCCACUGAUGAAGACGUGGUUAAGGUAUCAGACAGGUGUGAUUAUGUCUACGUGAAUGGCAAAGAGAUGAGAGGACGGGUCCGAAUGCUGCUGAACUUCACGUACGGUUACCUGAGGGCCCAGCUGGAGGUCAAGGUCUGGAUUCCCAAACUGCCUCUGCAUAUCGAAGUUUCAGAUACGGAACUCAGUCAGAUAAAAGGCUGGAGGAUUCCCGUAAACAGUAACGCUCAGAGGUCAACGCGGGACAGUGAAGAUGACGAUGAUGAAGAGCGGAGAGGAAAGACAUGUACUCUACAGUACCAGAGGGCCAUGGUGCGUGUGCUCACACACUUUGUGGCUGAAUCCUCAGAGACGCGAGGUCAGGUGGCCCACAUGCUGGGCAGUGAUUGGCAGGUGGACAUUACAGAGUUAGUCUGGGACUUCCUGAAAGUAGAGGAUCCACGGAUCGCCAGGCUAAGAGAGGGACGGGUUUUGGAGGGCAAGGACACAGGCAUGACCAGCAUUCAGGUUCUGUCCCCAUUGUCAGACUCCAUCCUGGCAGAGAAGACGGUGAGGGUUGUGGAUGAUCGAGUGACCAUCACUGAACUGGGCCUGCAGUUGGUCAGUGGGCUCUCACUCAGCCUGCAGCUCAGCACAGGAAGUAACCGAGCCAUCAGCGCCACGGCAACCACACAGGAAGUGCUCAGCAAUCCUAAACAGGAGGCGCUGAUCAGUGCAUGGCUGCAGUUCAGUGAUGGCUCCAUGGCUCCUCUGGACCUGUACAACCCAGAGCAUUUUGUUUUGACUGCUACUUCUCUGGAUGAGGAUGUGGUGUCCGUACGGCAAGAUGCUGCAGGCCGGUGGCCGGUCAUUUCUGCCCAUGCUGAGGGUCAAGGUCUGCUGGUGCAUGUGGAAAUGACGGUAUCUGAAGUGUGUCAGAAAUUUAAGCGUCGGAGCAUCCUGGCAGCUGGAAACUGCAACAUCCGUGUGAAGUUUGGUCGUAGCGAAAGCGCCUUGAGACCCGGCGACUUCGGCCAGGAUGGAGAUGACAUGAACAACAGACCAGGAGACCGCAGACAGAACCCAUCUCUCCCGGAUAGGACAGGAAUGGACAACCACUACUAUGGAAGCUCCAUCUCAGACAUGGAGGACAGUAUCAUGAGAAGAAUCACCACCACAACCAAAACGGCAAUCAUCAGAAGACCAGGUGGAGAUAAGCUCUCAGAUGAUGGGAGCCAGUUGCCCGGCAUUCCCAUUGACUUCUCAGACUUCCCCGCUCAAGUGGACCUUCCCCGAGGACAUAACGUGGAUGAGGACGACCUUCAAAUACCUCAUGGACUUACCGACCUUGAAAUUGGGAUGUACGCUUUGUUAGGCGUCUUCUGUUUGGCUAUUCUGGUUUUCCUCAUCAAUUGCAUCUCAUAUACUCUCAAGUACCGGCACAAGGAGAUGUCGAUUGAGGGCCAGGAGAGCUUGAACCACGCCCAUGACUGGGUGUGGUUGGGAAAUGACGCCGAAUUUCUGGAGAGCCAUGUAAGUUUGUCUCCGCAGACCGAUGAGCACAUCACCAUUAUGGACUCCAGCUUAGGAGGGUUAGAAGAAGGAAGCCACCUUCUCAACGGCGGUUCUUUGCAGAAGAACGUUCAAGGCCAGGUGCACCGAGGAGCCGAAACCACUACCGUCUGCACCGGGAAAGACAGCAAAGGUGAUUCACCAACGACCAAAAGGAAACGUGUGAAGUUUACCACAUUCACCACCAUCCCAGUGGAAAGCGUUAGUCCGGCUAAGGAAAAUCUGGGAGUAGGUCCUGACAAUGACAUUAAGUGGGUAUGUCAGGAUGUUGAGCUUGGUGACUCCAAGGAACUACGAAACUACAUGGAGCGGCUAAACGACAGUGCUUUAAAUAAAGUGGCGUAGUCGAAUCAAUGUGUGCGAACUGAACUCACCCUUUUGCCUUUGUAAUAGAGACGAGUACGAGCCAGGGAACAACUGCUACAUAAACCUUACUGAACACAAAACAUCAGCCAUUACAUAACAAAGGACGUCUAGCGUUCUUUUGGUUUGACAUGCCAGUGGUAGGACAAUGCAAACAGCAGACAAAAUAUGACAUUUUAACAAGAUGAAUCAAAUCAUUUUUGUAUGUUCAUUUAUAUUAUGUUCUCUAUUCUCUUCAUUUAUUUUUAAAUAAUUUUAUUUUAGCACCUUUUGUAGUU